AUUUCGAUUUCAGAUUAACUGCCGCAUGAAGAUUAAAGAUAUCGCUAAAACUGUAUAAUAAAACUACAAAAUUCUGUGAUAAAACUGUUAACAGUAAAUUCAAAUAUUUGAAAUUAAUAAAUUGUUAAUUCAGUUAAUUGUUUUAUUCAAUAUUUUUGACGUUGGUAAAUACUUUAAAAUAUAAAUAAUUGUUUAAUAUUAGGAUAUGAACAGUUAAUCAUGCAGAUAUAAUUUAAUUCCUCGAACCUAUAAAAUUAAUUAUUUUAGUAAAUCUGAACUUCCAAUAUUGGUUCAUAUUCGAAACGACAUAAUCAUGUCAGCAAGUAGUACUUCAUCGUGGUCAGACAAAAAUGAACAAAAAGUUUUUAAAUGUAGUGCAAAAGCAGCGACUAAACAUCCAUUUUCCAUACUUAUGAUUGGCAAUACCAACUGGAGUACUCAAAUAGCAGAUGCAUUGAUUGAGUAUCACGAAAACAAUCAAAUUUCUAAGAUUCAAAUAAACAAAGCACAAAGUGUAAAAUCAGCACUGUCUACAAUGUCCAGUGUAUAUGCAGAUCUUGUAAUUAUUUUGUUGGACAUAAGUAAAAAUGAUUGUUUAGUAGAUGUAGAAGUUAAUUUAUUAGCUUUAGAACCAGCAUUAUUAUGUGGCAGAACCAUUUUAGUAAACCCAAAAAACAUUAUUAAGCGUAAAGAUAUGGGAGUUUCUUAUGAAAAUAUUGACAAUCUUAAAAGAAAAUAUAAUUUACUUAUUUUACAUGGAAAUAUAGAUGAUUACAUAAGUAGAAUGUUUUUAGCUAGAAGAAUCAUGGUUUAUUCCUAUAAAAUAAACAAAAACGGUUUACCAAAUAUUCUGGAGUUUAAUUCUCUUAACAUGUAGACUAAUAAACUAGUUUUCUUAUUUAUAAUUGUACAACAAAUAAAACAUCUAUGUAAAUACAUGUAAAUAUUUUAUUUAUAUAUUUUCU